UGAUUUUACAAGAGAUAUCCAAAUCGACACGAAACGAAAAAAGAUUAUUAUGCAUAAAAAAUCAAGGCUAGUUUACCUUGAUUCUUGAGCACGUUAUCAAUUCAUCUUCCAUAUCAAAACCCUAACAUGAUCAAUUCAAGCCGCUAAUCUCCUUCAAAAUCAUUCGCUUCAUAUCGUAUACGCUGAUAUUUUCUAGGGUUUGUAAAUUAGGGCACGAUGACUAGAAAGUCCUCUACUUGUGCUAUUUGUGAGAAUUCAAAUCUUGCAUCUAUUUGUACGGUUUGUGUCAAUUACAGGGUAAAUUCAUAUGGGACCAAUUUGACAACGUUAAAGAGUCGUCGUGAUUCGUUAUACUCGAAGCUGAGUGAAGUGCUUGUUGCUAAGAGUAAGGCAGAUGAUCAACUUAGUUGGAGAGUCCUUCAACAAGAGAAACUUGCCACGUUAAGAGAGAAGCUACAUUUUCGUAAAGAACAACUUGCAAAAGAUAAGGCUAAGGUUGAAAAGAUGGACGCUGAUUUGAAAGUCAGAUAUGAAUCGCUUGAAUCAGCCAUGACUGUGUUGGAAAAGAACCGUAAAGAGCAACUGGAGAAGUAUUAUCCUAACCUCAUUUGCACUCAGAGUCUCGGGCAUAUGGCAAUUACAUCAGAACGCCUUCAUAAACAAUCUGUUGUCAUCAAACAGAUAUGCAAAUUGUUUCCACAGCGCAAGGUGCACAUAGACGGAGAUAGGAAAGACGGGUUAAGUGGUCAAUAUGAUCAAAUCUGCAAUGCACGAUUACCGAGAGGACUUGAUCCCCACUCAGUCCCCUCUGAUGAGCUUGCUGCUUCUUUAGGAUAUAUGGUGCAGCUUCUUAAUCUUAUCGUUCACACUGUCGGUGCUCCAGCCCUUCAUAACUCCGGUUUUGCGGGUUCAUGUUCCCGAAUUUGGCAACGCGAUUCUUACUGGGAUGCACGCCCUUCUUCGAGAAGCAAUGAAUAUCCACUUUUCAUACCGCGCCAAAACUUUUGCACAACGGGAGUUGAAACGUCAUGGUCAGAUAAAAGUUCUAGUAAUUUCGGUGUUGCUUCGAUAACGUCUGAGAGAAAACAUCGUUUGGAUUCUUCAUCAAGCAGCAGUAGUUUCAAUUACACAUCGGCUUCCCCUCAUUCUAUCGAGACACACAUGGAUUUACAAAAAGGAAUUUCACUUUUGAAAAAAAGCGUUGCUAAUGUAACCGCUUAUUGUUACAACUCGUUAUGCCUUGAAGUGCCUUCUGAAACAUCUACGUUUGAAGCGUUUUCGAAAUUGUUGGCGAUGCUUUCGUCUUCUAAGGAAGUUAGAACCGCUGUUUCUUUGAAAAUGGCUUGUUCAAGAUCAUCUAAGCAAGUUCAGCAGUUAAACCAUUCGGUGUGGAAUGUGAAUUCCGCCAUUUCAUCGAGUACUUUAGUCGAAAGUACACACACUUCAGCUUCAAUGAGAAGCACACGGGACAAGAAUCUUUCAAGCUCUGCGGCUAGUUAUCCUUAUGCAGCCGACGUGGCAGACAAUGUGAAAAAUGAACCACUCACCGAAGGCUGGGAUCUGGUGGAACACCCUACUUUGCCGCCUCCUCCAUCGCAAACCGAGGAUGUAGAACAUUGGACCCGAGCCAUGUUUAUCGAUGCAACAAAAAAAAGCAGAGGAUGAAGAAAAGUCUACUUAUGCCGUUCGAUGAAGAUAAGUCUACUUAUACAUUAAAAUAUUUGUGUUAUAAAACACAAGCAUGUAAUGUAAAUAGAAACAAUUUUAAGUUUGUAUAUAUGGACAUUAUCCUCUUUUUAUCUCAGUUGCAAA